UAUUUUAAUCCAGAUGGAGCUGACCCAGAGGUUCCAGGAUUUCAUGGUGAAAUUCAACAAGACCUACAACAGCCGAGAAGAGAUGAUGUACCGCCUCAAGGUCUUCGCACAGAACAUGGAAAUCAGCCAAGUCUUGCAGGACACCGAGUUGGGGACCGCACAAUAUGGGAUCACCCCUUUCAGUGAUGUGACAGAAAGCGAGUUUGCUACGAGGUUUGGCAACCCCGUCUUGCGGGCUGCGCCUUUUGCGCCAACGCAACGACACCGCAGCUCCUCGACGGCCUCCAGAUCCUGCGACUGGAGAAAGGCGGCGGUGUCCGCCGUGAAGGACCAGGGAAAAUGCAGAUCCUGCUGGGCCUUUGCAGCCGUGUCCAACAUAGAGGCCUUGUGGAAGAUUCACCGAAAUAUUAACCACAGCCUCUCGGUACAAGAACUCGUUGACUGCACAUAUCCUUCCAGAGGCUGUCUAGGUGGCUACGUCUGGGACGCGUUUCAGUUUGUCAUCAACAACACUGGAUUAUCAUCAAGCAAGCUUUACCCCUACAUAGGGAAAAACCAGCGCUGCCAGAAAUACAAGGGGCGAAAACUAACCAAGAUUGAUGGUUACAGCAUCCUUCCAAGGGAUGAGAGAUAUAUUGCUAAUAUUGUGGCCACUCAAGGUCCCGUAACAGCUCUCAUGAACCUCAAAGUCAUUCAGCAUUACAAAAAAGGCAUCAUCCAGAGGGCCAAGGUGAGCUGUGAUCCCAACCGGUUUGACCACGCGGUCCUUAUUGUUGGCUUCGGUGAAGGCAAAAUCCGACGUGGUACCUGGAGCGGAUUGUACUGGAUUAUCCAGAACUCCUGGGGAAAAGACUGGGGAGAAGAGGGCUACUUCCGGAUGGACAGGGGCUCAAACACUUGUGGGAUUGCCCAGUAUGCCGCAACAGCAACUGUCCACAACUUGGGAGGACAGAAGCCAUCUCCUUGCCCCAGAUGAUGGUUUGCAUGCAUCCUGUCUGUCUUUAAGGCAACCGCUUUGGAGCACCG